AUGUGGUUUUGGUUCUUUGAGUCCAGAAACGAGCCUCGUACGGCUCCUCUGGUAAGCUGGUUUGGUGGUGGACCAGGCAAUUCAGCGCAGUAUGGCAUGUUUACUCAAAAUGGACCUUGUGAGAUUUUGGACAACAACACGGAGCCCUCUUUGAGAGAAUUUAGUCUCAAUAACCACGCCAAUGUACUCUACAUUGAUCAACCGAUUGGUACUGGCUUCUCCCACGGUGAUGGUGGAAAAGCCAAUAUCAAUUUCGCGCGUGACAACUCAAACAGACCUCUUAUCAACUAUCUAAAAAAGUGUGAUGGUACUGGAACCGCUGAAGAUUGCUCUGCUGCGUAUCUGAGCUACUGGACAGAAUUAGACCAACCUAUCCUGGCCUCAGCGCUCGACAUAUACGCUGACUUCAUCAUGGCCGAUAUCCAACCUGGCGGUGUUCGUCCUGCUACGAACCAUGAGGAAUAUCUACAAAGAGCUGAUGUGCAGAAAGCAGUUGGCGCUAGAGUCAACUACACUGACAGUGGAGGUGCUGUUGCUAUUCGCGGAUCAGGCGAUGAUGCCAAAUCAUUCCUUGGUGAAAUCUCACACAUUGUCCGGGAUGGCGUUCAAGUUCUCAUCUGGGCUGGAGAUUCGGACUACGUCUGCAACUGGCUUGGAACCAAAAGAGUCGCAGAUGCAGUGGACUGGCCCAAAAAAGAAAUAUUUUCUCAAACAGACCUUCAACCAUAUACCGUAAACGGCGUCCAAAAGGCGACGUUCAAGUCCGUGAAGAAUCUACACUACGUGAGAGUUUUCAAUGCCGGUCACAACGUUGGGUCGUACCAGCCCGAGACUUCACUACAGCUGAUCGCGCAAUCGCUAUCAGGAAAAGGUCUUUCUUCGACAUGA